GAUUUUAGAAUUCUAUUUACUGCGGGCCAGUUUGACGCGGUUAAAAAAUUUAAGGAAAAAAUUGACAAAGCUCUCUGACCUCUCUUUUUGGUAUAAUCAUCAUGUCACUAGCAUUUGUUCAACCUCAGCAGAAGAAAGGGCAACCCAAUCAAGCACAAAUUCAAAAGAUGCUUGAUGAGAAUAACCAGUUGAUUCAAGCUAUCACAGAUUACCAGAACAAAGGAAAGGCAUCAGAAUGUAUGCAGUAUCAACAGAUGUUACAUAGAAAUCUGGUUUACCUUGCUACGCUAGCAGAUUCCAACCAAAACUUGCAAGCUCUUCUCCCUCCCCCAGGACAACAGCAGCAGUAUCAUGACUCAAACAUGCCACAGUCACAGCAGCCUAGUACUCAGAUGAGGCCACCUGGAAAUAUGCCAAAUCAGAUACCACAUCGGGACACAGCAGGUGGGAGUCAGAUACCAGCUCAACAAGGUAGUUACCAGCAACAAGGAACCAGUGCUCCUAACAUGCCUGGAUCUGGAGGGUACCAGUCUAGACCAAUGCCAAGUCAGCAACCAGGUGGACCAAUGCCACAACAAAUGGCACCACAAGGUGGAUCAAUGGCACAAUCUAUGCCUCCACAGGCUGUCUAUAAUCAGUCUCAGACUGGAAUGGGAAGUCAGCCAUAUGGAAUGCAACAAGGUAACUUCAGUAACCAACAGCAGCCUAUGAUGUCUCAAUCACAACAAAUGAUGCCCCAACAGCAACAGCCAACAAUGUCACAGCAACAACCCAUGAUGUCACAGCAACAACCCAUGAUGUCACAACAACAGCCUAUGAUGUCACAACAACAACCUAUGAUGUCACAACAGCCAAUGAUGUCACAGCAACAGCCUAUGGGACCACAACAACAGCCUAUGAUGUCACAAGGUCAAAUGAUGUCUGGUCCUAGUAGCUCACAAGGGGGACCAAUAAUGAGUCAAGGUCAAAGAUCAGCAAUGCCAAUGCAGUCUGGCUAUAGAAGAGGACCAUCUCAAGGUCAGUAUGGUCAACAAGGUUACCAAGGCAACCAGUUUGGAAAUCAACAGGGAUCUUUUCCUCAAGGCGGACAACAGAAUUUUCCACAAGGUCAAGGUUACAAUCAAACUCCUAACAUGCCUAAUCAACAGUACAGUGGUCACCAGGGACAGGAUCCAAGGUUUGCCAUGUAUAAUAGAGCACCAGGUCAGAUUCCACAAGGUCAGGGGUCAAUGGGAGGGCAGAUGCCGAAUCAAAGUAUGAUGAGUGGAUCUGCACCCCAAAAAAUGCCUAGUCAAGGAUCAAUGGGUCCAACUGCAAGUCAGAUGGGUUCUCAGAGUAACAUGUCAGGACCGGCAAACCAGAUGCCUGGACAAGGACCAAAUGGACCUCCAAUGCAAGGUCCCAGUCAGAUGGGAGGUCCUAAUCCUAGUCAGAUGGACAAUCCAAUGUCACAAAGUCAAAUGGGCAAUCAGAUGCCUCAAGGUCAAAUGGGAGGUCAAAUGCCUCCUAUAGGGCAUGGACAAAUGGGAGGUCAGAUGCCUCCAGGACAAAGUCAGAUGGGUAAUCAGCCAAGUUUUCCUUUCAAUCAAAAUCAGUUUUAGAUCAAAGAAUAUCUCGUUGGAAAUUGGAAAACUAUAUACAGUAAUGUGUUCUAAAUUAAUCUUUUGGGUUAUCAGAGUUAAAAGCCUUUAAACUACCAGCAGGCUUUGGGAAUGUCUGAAGACAUAUAUGUUUUGUUUUCAAGGCUUAGGAUUUUUCUAGUAAGUAUUCUGACAAUGGAAAUAGAUAUGAAAAUUUGACAGUCAAUUAGGAGAAGUGAGUUUGAAUUAUAAAUUUUUCAAGAGAAUAGUUAAUUACAAACCACCAAAAUCUUUGCAUUCAAUAUGUUAAAAAAAAUCAAUGGUUGUAAUAUUAUCAAACUAAGGCAAACAAUACCAUCACAAGAUUAUGUAUAAGAAAGAUCACAUGACAUUUUAGUUUUAAUUAGAGAGAAGAAAAUGAAAGAAAUACUAAGAAGGGGGUCUUCAAUUAUAAAACAGUCUGAUAGCUUUAAGAUAUAAAAUUAAAAUUCAGGUCUUUCUUUUUAAUAUGAACAGGGACUAAAGUAUGAAAUCAUUUAUGAAUGGUAUGAAUUAAAAAUUCUGGAACUCAUUACCUUGAAAGUUACUAUUUUUAUGUGUUUUCAAGGACUUUAAUUAUUUUUGUAAUAUAAUUUGAAUUGUUCUCCAUCUCAUAUAACACCCCAUAAUUAAAAAAAAAAAGAAGCUUGAUUUUUUUUAACAAUUUCUUACAAAAUUUGUAUUUUGAUAGCAUUCCAAUAAAAUAUGUUUUUUUGUUUAUUUUAUUUUUUUGGUGGGAGAGGGGGGUAGGUAUUGUUUAAAUCUAACAUUUUAUGUUUCAUAAUGAAUUGUCAGAAAUGGUAUUUUUCAAGCUGAUUAUAAGAAACAAUUUCAGUAUUUUUAAUAGCUUGAUAAUCACCAGGGUUGCAAUGUCAUGAAUGUGUAGAAUAUUUUCUUAGUUCAUAUAUUUAAAGCUAUUAGAUCAUACAACAACGAAUUUUAAACAUAUGCCAAAAAAUCAAACAAAUGUGAAAAUGUCAUUUUGUUGUACAUAUGAAUUAUUGAUUUUUAAUACAUUUAUUACUUUAAAUGGAUUAAUUGCCAACACAAUGAACUGAAAUCUGAAGAUUACUUAUUUCAAGCCUCACCACUGAUGGUAGGGGACAUUAUAAUUUUCUUGUCUGUGAGUCAUUUCAUCAGUUUAAAAAGUUUUCUUACUCUAAUUGUGGUGCACAAUAAGUAAACAUUGGAUUACAGACUUUUUCUUUGAAUAUAUAUCAAUUCUAUAAAACUCAAUAAAUCUGUUCUUGAUAAUAAAAAAAAUAUAUAAAAGCAAUAUGAUGAUAUAUUUUGUUUAUCUGUUUUUAAAAUCAGAUCAGUUUAGCUGAUAGAUUCAGUUACUUAUUUUUUUUCAUUUAUUUUGAAUAUUAAAAACCACUGUGAUUGUUAAAAAUCUAAUAAUUAUGUGCUGUUUGGUGGGUGGGUUUUUUUUGUUACACUUUCUUUGUACCGUACACAUGCCAUGGAAGGCACUUUUAAAAUGGGGUAAUCACCAUUAGAGGUGAAUUAAGACUUAGAAUUCACUCAUAUUUUCACUGUACCAUGAUGUACUUUACACCCACAAAAAUGAGAUCCAGCACAACUUGGUCUAGUAUAUAUUUUAAUGAAGCAGCCCUAACAACAGAAACUGAAUGAAAUAUAUAAAAACUACUGCAAAUGAAAAAAGUUACAUAUAUAUGCUUAUGAUAAGAACACUUAAGUUUUUGGGGAAAGACGGCUUCAAGCCGUCAAUCCCCUAUGGGGUUGACCAGAGUGACACUCCCUCGCAUCAUUCAUUUUGUUUUUAUACAUGUUAUAGUUUGGAAAACCCCCCAACAAAUCUUACUAAGAUUGAAGAGGAGACGACCCAGAAAUGAAUGUAGACGACCCAGAAAUGAAUAGUUUGACUUUAAACACUUUUUUACACAUUUCCCUUCUGUUUCUCACGAAAUUAUCGUAUCUUGAACUCUCCUUUACACUAUUUACGUUUAUUUUACAAUCCGGAAAAAUUAGUAUGACGAGAUAUUCUAAAUAUAUCCAACCUACAUUGUAUUUUAUAGUGACGUCAUUCUUGGAAGAAGCAGGGAUAUCCUUCACCAGUUCACUGGUUAUUUUAAUCAUUCUUAGAGAUCGUGCACUAAUUACAAAUUUGUAUUUGUUAAAUCUAAACAUAAUAUUGUUUACUGUAGAUGAUUUAAACAUCAACAUACAAUACUUUAAUUUGUAGGUCAACAACUUUCAAAAUAAACAAAGAUCGUGGGGUUACAUGAGACAGGGGAAAGAAACGAUUUCAUUACUUUUUUCGGGUCUCACUAAUUAGAGACAAGAAGCGACAAAAAGCGUCAAGAAGACUAUUUAGCGACAAGAAAAAAAUAUUCUUCUUGUCGCUUCUUGUCGCUAAAAUUCUUCUUGUUGCUAAUUAGCGAGACCACUUUUUUCUGUAAAAAUUCUGAGAAUCUUCCUCCAAUUCAGGAGCACCUCAAUUGAUGAGAAAUUAUCCACUAAAAUAAAAGUUAAUGUAUUUAAACACUUCAAAUGUGACAUUUCAUUGGAUUAGUAGUCUUCUAUUAAAACUAAAUUUUUGUGUACCUACAUAAACAUUGUAUAUGGUAAAAAAAAUUAAAAAAAAUUUGCAUUUUGUAGUUUUAACAUAUUUAUUUUUUACAAAUAUUUCAAAAUUAAGAUUUGGAAACAAGCUUCACACAGUUAACAUCACUCAUAUUGUUUUUUUUAUUAGUACCUGAUUCCCUCUGAUGAGAGUUGUAACUCGGAACUUUAACAAUGGAAUUUAAAACUGAAUAGAUUUUUCAGUCCACACUUUGUAAAGAAAAAACUUAAAAAUCCAAGAGUACUGUCACAAAAAAAUGAAAAUGGCCCUAGCCUGCAGUACAGUGGUACACAAUCAAGAUUUCAAAAAAUAUUGUAGUUGGUGUAAAAUGAGAGAAUUCAGUUGAGUUUUAGAUAAUUAGCUAUCAACUUUAAUCAAAUGUUUAUAUUUAGAAGAUGCAGAUCUCUUCCAUUGGUCCAAAUUGAAUCCCAAACUAAGGAAAUGAAAUUACAUAAACAACAAUUGAUUUCAAUAUUGUCAACCUUUCUACAUGUUCUAGCUAUUCUCUUUUUCAUUCUUCAUAUGAAAACUAUCAAAAGAUACCCCCCCCCCCUUUCCAAAAACAUAAUUAAAAAGAAACAAGGGCCGUCUUUCCCCUCAGAGCUAUUCAGCUCUUUGAUUGUUUAAUGUGUAUGAAGAUUUUCUUAUUGAUUAUUUGUACUGGUAGUUGUUCUUUUUAAAAAAUGUUGAAAGAUGAUUAAUCUUGAAUCUUAAGAAUGAUUUGCUUUCUAAGUUAUUCUUUGUUUAUAUUGUGUCAGAUUUGAUACAGGUCAUAUUGAUCUCAUUGAUAAUUUUGAUCUGUUUUAUGAGUUGUUGAUAUUUAAUUGUACAUAAUUUGAAUGUCUGUUACAAAAUGUAUAUCUGUAAUUAAAUAUUUAUAGUUUUGUUAGAAGAAAAUAAUACAAGCUUCUUAAUUAGAUUGACACCUGUCCUAAUUUGCUGUCUGUCAGUGUAUGAAGACUUUUGAGAGUUCAUUGACAUGCACUUUUGUUACUUGUUACUAAUACUUUAGCAUUCAGCAAUCCUUGGUAGAAUCUGCCACUCUCCUUCUAUCCCUCGGCCGUAAUACGGUAUGUGAUAUGUGUCUAUGCCUUAAAUUUCUUCAUGGGAAUCUGAACGAUUUACUGCUAGUGCUAAUAUUUUUAAUACUUCAUUCCCCUCCUUUACAGGAGAUCAGUGAGUGAAACCUAUGUAUUACGGAUGAGGUUAAAUGGAAUCAGCCGAGUUGAGACGAAUGAUAUUUUAGAAAAAAACAAGGAAAAUUAUCUUAAUGCACCAUGGUAGCUAUUUUUUUUCAAACCCCUCUUUUGAUACAAUCCUUUUUCACAAAAGUAUGAGGGUGUUAAUCAAAAAACUGUUUUAAGUAUAAUUUGCAUAAAUUGUGUUAUAAGAUUUGAUUAAUGUGACAAGAAUGGGAAGAUUUGUUUUCAGUUGUAGCAAAGACAACUGAAAUUUUGUUAUCUCAACUUAUUGCUCAAGUGAAAAAUCUGAAUGGCAUUGACUUAAUAGAAAGUUUUGUAUAAUUGGCUUUGACUAAGUAGACAGUAUUGUAUAAUUGAUUGGACUAUGGGUAGACAGUAUUGUAUAAUUGGUUAUGGUUUUUAUAGUAGUUUUUGUAAAACUUUGUCAUAUUGACAUGUACUUAGAAUGUGAAUGGAAUCCUAUGUAUUUAUAUAUUGUAUUUUGGAGUGGAAGAGUGAUGUCAUUUAUUAGUGUGCUGUAGCUGAUCUACAUGUGUUGUGCAGAACUACAUGGUGUUCUGGCUUGGAAAACAUUAUAGUUUUAAUUCCAAUUAAAUAUACAUUUCUGUUAUUUUAAGCAUUCCAGUUAAUCCAAAAUUACAAAUAACAAAUCUAAACAAAAGUAUAUAAAUAAAAUGAAUUGUUUUUAACUUUGCAGUAAUACUUCAAGAUCAAUUUAUGAAAAAAGCAGUAAUAAUGUCAGAAAAUAAGUAAAAUUUGGAAAAAAAGAACUCCCUCGAUUUGUUGAGGAUUUUAGUUGUUAUUGAAUUGACAGAUUGAAAUCAAAUAAAUGAUCUCCUCCUUGUGAAUCAAAUUAAAGUUUUCACAGUGAUGUAAAAGAAAUGACAACUUGUAAUGCACAGUUUGGAUUUAAUUUAAGGUGGUAUGUCUUCCUCCAUCAUGGAUUGUAAAAAAAACAGAGAACCAAAGGUCCAGAUUUUUUAUUAAGUUGGCAAAAUUUGAUGCAGGAAUGCAGAUAUUUAAUGUGAAUUUUCAUUUAAAAGAACCAAUUUAUAAGAAUAUAACUUAUGAAUAUUAAUAUUUUUGCAAAUGCUGAUUAUUUUUGGUUAUUUUAGAAAAAAAUCAAAUUAGCAUUUUAAGGGGAGGUAACUCUAAAACUGCAUUUUCUGAAGGAUAUGUAUGGAAUUUUCCUAUUUUGAAUUUUAGCCAGAAAAAACAUACGGUGACCCUAUCUUUUCUUUUGAUAUUCUCAAAGCAUUGAUUGAAAGCAAUCUUUUCCUUCAGUAUUUAACAAUUCUAUCAUUUUGUUUAGUUUCUAAUCACAAAAUGGUGUUUUUUCCUGUAUAAUCCAUACAAAAUAUGUCAUUUUGUCACGACCUGUAGCUUGAGGAAAUGCACGAUGACCUAUCAUUUUUAUUAUAUUUUUUAACAUAUAUCAAUAGAUACUAUGUUUUGGCAAAGUAUGAGAAAAUUCUAUCAUUUUUAUUUUAGACUCCCAUACCACCUUAAAAGGGAAAAAAUGGAGUUAAAUAUGUAGUAUUGUGUACCAUUGUAUGUUGUACAAUUAAAUUAUAAAUAAUGUUCACUUUGUAAAGGCUGUGUUACAUAGCCUAGAUGCACCUCAACUCAAUGGAGUAGGUAAAGUAAAGAAAUGAUUUGACCAAACUUUUAUUUAAUUUCUUUACAUUUUAAUUAUGUAAAAGUAUCAAUCUGUUAUAUUGGAAGCACUAAAAUCUGCUGAUUGUCUUAAAAUAAAUAAUUUGGAUUACAAAUAUCGGACCGAUUGUCUUUAUAUAAAUAAUUUGGCUUAGAAAGAUCGGACCAAUGAAACGCUUAUACACAAAACAUCUUUUUCUUGUACAUUGUGAACACACCCCUUUUAUGGUAUUAAGUAUCAGACAAGUUUUUAGGUAAAGAUUGCAUGAAUGCAAUCAAAACAUUAUUGGACUGACUAGAUAUCUAAAUGUUCCAAGGCUUAUCAAUACAUUCAUUGAUACACAAAAUAUAAUGUUUAGAUCAAAUCAUUCUAUACAUCCUAUCCACGAACAUUUCAUGAAAUUAAUGGAUGUAAUAUAUGCUCAGAGAUUCAACACACAAAAUAUUGUUACACAUGUCAAGAAAAUUCCAUAACUUUUACAAGGUGUAGGAGUCUAAUAUCUGAUCUAAAAAAUAGAAUGAUCUCAUUGUUUACAUCAUCUUUAAAAAAUUGGCGUUAUCUUCCUUUGUCUAGAAUUGCUGUUAAAUCAACUACAACCAAUGCAAUAAUUAAUUUACUUUCCACUGAUAAAUUGAAGCAAUCUUUACUGCUCAGUGCUAACAAGCACUUUGAUUUUCAGUUAUGGCUAGUGUGGAGUUUAUGACAUUCAGUUUGAUUAUAUAUUUUUCUGAAACUUUUUUUUAGUUUUUAUUCAUAAGUCAAUUUUGUAGAAAUAUCAAUGUGAAGACAAUCCAAUUCAUACACUCUUUUUUUUAAUGAUCAAUUACUUGUAAUAAUCAUUUAUCAGCCUAACAAGAGAUUCGUUUUAAUGUUGUCAGAUGGAGGUAUAUUUUGUUGUGAAAUGGAUUGAAAGUAUUUCAUAUAGUAUAUGACAAAAAUAUUGAUCUGAUGGAAGAAAGAAUGAUUGAUUUUUAUAGAUUGUUUGUGAAAUAGAUAAGCUAAGAGUGAAGAGGUUGAAUCUUUUACCAUGAAUACUUAUUUGAACAUUCCUGAUUUUUGAAUGAAUGUGUAACAUGGAAAAGUUAUGAAGGGCAAGAUUUGUACAUAGAAUAAUAUUUCAAAGAAAAGGUGCUUUUUGUUGUGAAAUAUAUUAAUGUUUGUAGAAAAAAAAUAAUAAAUUGUCGUUCAGAC